AUGGCCGUUCCCAGGACGUCCCAGGAGAAGGCAGAUGUCGAGACACUCGCGGCUGAAGCGGUUGAUGUUAUGGAUAAGGCCAAGGACCUGCCAACCUUUGGAGCACUCGGGCAGGAGGAACUCGAAUUCCUGGCCAACUUCUCGGAGCAAGCCCGCAAGAAGGUCGUCCGCAAGGUUGACUGGCGUUUGAUCCCCAUGCUGCUCUUCUUGUUCCUUAUCUCGUACUUGGACAAGACAAACAUCGGCAAUGCAAAGAUUGAAGGGUUGCUACCCAGCCUCCACAUGACGGGUAAUCAGUACAACAUUGCCUUGUCGAUCUUCUUCAUACCUUACAUCCUAGCCGAAAUUCCUAGCAACCUGAUCUUGAACAAGUUCAAAAAGCCCUCCCAAUACAUCGCCCUGAUUGUUUUUCUGUGGGGAGUGAUCAUGGUCUGCACGGGCUUCGUGACAAACUUCUCUACCCUGUGCGCCGUACGAUUCCUCCUUGGGCUCUUCGAAGCCGGCUUCUUCCCCGGAGCGAUCCUUCUGGUCUCCAAGUGGUACGUCCCAGACGAGGUGCAGACUCGAAUUGCUCUGAUCUACACCUCCGCAGCCACUGGCGGCGCGUUCUCCGGGCUUCUGGCGUUCGGCAUCGCCAAGAUGAACGGCAUUGCCGGUUACGAGGGCUGGAGAUGGAUCUUCAUCGUGGAGGGCCUCGCCACCGUGUUCAUGGCCUUCGUCUGCCUCCUCGUCCUCGUCGACUCGCCCGCCCUGUCCAGCGCGUGGCUCACGCCGGACGAGGUCCGCUACCUCGAGCUGCGGCAGGUCGCACGCCGCGCCGCGCGGCCCGAGGACUACCGCGAGAAGAGCCUCGACCGGUCGGUGCUCUGGGCCGUCCUGCGCGACUGGAAGGUCUACCUGCUCGUGCUGGCGCAGUGGUCCAACAUGGUGCCCAACUACGCCAUGAAGUUCACCAUGCCCAGCAUCGUCAGGUCGAUGGGCUUCGCCUCGGCCACGGCGCAGCUGCUGACCAUCCCGCCCUACGCCUGCGGCGCCGUCUCGGGCUACGUGCUGUCCCUGUUCGCGGACCGGUACGUCUGGCGGAUGCCCUUCAUCCUGGGGCCGCAGGCGUGCGUCGUCGUCGCCUUCGCCGUGCUCUUCGUCAAGGCGGGCGACAUCCAGCACAACAUCGGCGUGUGCUACUUUGGCGUCUGCCUCGCCUGCCUGGGCAUGUACCCCAUCUUUCCCGGCGUCAACGCGUGGAACGUGGCCAACCAGGCCGGGCCGACGAAGCGCGCCGUCAGCAUCGCCUACCUCGUGGCCAUGGGCAACGUCGGCGGCGUGAUCGGCUCGUACAUCUACAAGGAGGACGAGGCGCCCGAGUACCCGACCGGGUUCGGCAACUCUCUUGCCUUUGCGGCGGCGGGGCUGAUCGCCGCCCUGCUGCUCGAGUACCUGCUUCUCAGGAGCAACAGGAGGAACGAGAAGCUGACGGAGGUGGAGGUGCGGGCCAGGUACACGGAUGAGGAGCUUGAGCGGAUGGGUGACCGGAGUCCUCUCUACAAGUACGCUCUGUAA